CGACUUCGCUCCUCAUCUGCCGAUGAAAGCAUCCGCAGUCCUCCCUGACAUAUGAGGACCGAUUUAAUCUGAACAUGCCAGUCUGGUGUGCUUGCUUCUGGCUCUGCAUCUCUCAUGGACGAAUGCUGCUUGGUUGCUUCUUCCUUCUGCCUGCGAAGAUCUGUUUGGGAGACUCUAAACAGGUGUUGUUCUCUGCGGCAAACAAUCAGAGGCUUCGACGUUCUACACAGUCAGCCCCACACAGCGGCUCAUAACCGGCAUUCCAUACUCCUCGUGCUCUGAAGCUUAAAAUCCGAUCAAGUCUCCACAGGCAGCGGCCAAUACCCGGUCUACCACCUUGACACCUUGCUUAGAUAUUAGCCUCACCGUGCACGAAUGCGGAGCUCGCCUUUCAUACAUCAACCAUCCUUCAUCCAACGAAUGCUAAGUAUCAGAGUUCUCCGAAUGCGUUCCACAUCAAAUUGAUGAACACAACUCCAGAAACAUGUCUGCUCCCGGUCCGUCGUGAACUUUGCUUUUCAAUGCUGCCUGUCGGGAACCGUCUGUGCGUAACGACACGGAAUUCAUUGGCCGGGGUGGUAUCCAUUUUGUGAAAGUUGAGUUGCCGAAGCUGUUGGAGAACUCGGCGCCACCGGAUUUUGUGUGUUUCCAUCGCAUCCUGUCACGUAUUCUUAGCAGCCCAUUCUUAUCUACUGCCAUCUGGUGAUUUUUUUGUUCUCCGGAGGCGCUCUGUGCGUCACUCGCAUGGCAGAUGGAUAUGAUAUGAUCGCAACUAAUGUCGGUGACCCGUUGACUGGCGGCUGC